AUGGACGCCUCCGCGAUGAACCCCGCGACCGCGCAAGCUUUCGAAGCGAUGAUGCAACAAAAGCAAAUGAAGGAUUUCAUGAACCUCUACACGAACCUCGUCGAGCGAUGCUUCAACACGUGCUGCAACGAUUUUACAAGUAAAGCACUUAGCUCAAAGGAGGUCAGUGGCCCAGAAGAGUGUGCGAUGAUGAUGAUGAUGAUGAUGAUGGCAAAAAGGGGGUGGGAAUGGGGGGGGGGGGGGGGGGCAAGUAUGCUGAUUGAUAAAGACCUUGGUUCUCGCGCCGAGUAGGACGCUUGCAUCUCGACUUGCGCCGACAAGUUCUUGAAACAUUCCGAGGUGAAUCAACACUACGCCCGUGAAGGACCGAUACCCCUCCAGUCCGUUCACUGAUUCUGAUUGCCCCGUCUUCAUCCCUACAGCGAGUCGGUCUGAGGUUCUCCGAGAUGAACGCCCAGAUGAUGGCCAAGCGAUAG